UGCGCAACAAAUUGUACAUAUCCUGGUGAACCUUCAGCACGACAUCAACAUUUUUCGACAUCUCGCUCUCACGGAAUCGUUCGCUGUCCGGGUUCAUCAUUGUUUCUCAACUUCAUCAGGUGGAAGGUAAAACGACUGAGCGAUUUGUUGCUGGGACGAUCGGCAGACAGCAUUGUUGACAGUGGACACCGGCCUCAAUUGCGAAACGCUUCCACCUCUGUCAGCCCUUUUCCCGCAGCCUACCCGCACGACGCAAUCAAUGCUGGCGCAGUCGCUUGCCUGAUACGAUAGGUACCCCCAUCCUCGACCUGAAGCUGGACACGAAACAUCACACAGCAUCCCUCUCCUCGCGGACGCGCGCAUUCGUAACACGCGCAGUUUCGUCGCAUUUGCUAGGAGGAGGUAACGCGAAGGAGGAGCCACAGACGACAACAUGAGCUACAACCCGCUAGGCGGCUACGGCCAUUCAGGACAGCCCAGAGACGACCGAAGCCCUAGUCCAAACCACAAUCCCUUUAUGGAUCGCCAUCAGUCGCCCGACCCGCGCUAUGGACAGCCGCAACACGGGUAUCAGCUAGAGGAUAGGCCGUAUCACGAGCCUCUAGAUAUUCCUACUGGCCCUGGUCCGUACGGUACAGGUGCACCUUUACCUUCCAGUGACCGUCUCCAGGCUCAACCCACUUACGAAGUGAUGAAUAUGCCAAACACAUAUGGCCAUGGCGAAGCAUACGAAGAUGCGCAUCGACAAGGCUACACGCCGAAUCCAUACCAGCAAGCAGCUCAGCAGGGUAGAGGAGAAUACAACCUGAGCCCACAGUACGAGCACACAGACUACAUCCAGGACCCGAACGCAUACGACGCCCCACAGCAUCAGUACUAUCAAGACGACUCAGACGACAGACCUAUGUUGCAGCCAGCCACCUCAUAUGGACCAGACCCGCACCAAGUAGCGCCCAUAACACCAGGUGCCGAGCACACAGAUCUCGAAGGUGGCUUCAACGAUCCCCCACCCAUCAAAGCGCCGAUUCGACGAUGGAAGACGGUGAAGGAGGUUCAGCUGUUUGACGGCAAUCUGGUGUUAGACUGUCCUGUCCCACCUCGACUGCUGAACCAGGUUCAGCAUGCGCAGCCGCCAGAAAGAGAUGAAUUCACACACAUGCGAUACAGCGCAGCCACUUGCGACCCCAGCGAGUUCCUUGAGAGCCGCUUCACCCUGAGACAACGCCUGUUCGCGAAGCCCCGCCACACGGAGCUGUUCAUUGUCAUUACCAUGUACAAUGAGGAGGAUGAGCUACUGGCGCGAACGCUGAUUGGCGUUAUCAAGAACAUUGAGUACAUGAAUUCGCGCACGUCCUCCAAGAUGUGGGGAGUAGAUGCGUGGAAAAAGAUCGUCGUGUGCAUUGUAUCGGACGGUCGCGCGAAGAUUAAUCCGAGGACACGGGCCGUGCUUGCUGGUAUGGGCAUAUACCAGGAUGGCAUUGCAAAACAGCAAGUCAACGGCAAGGACGUGACGGCGCAUAUUUACGAGUACACUACACAGAUGACUCUGGAGAUCAGGAAGUCAGUGGUGCACGUAAAGAAGGGCAAUACGCCAGUGCAGAUUCUAUUUUGUCUAAAGGAGAAGAACCAGAAGAAGAUUAACUCACAUAGAUGGUUCUUCCAAGCUUUUGGCACAGUUCUCAACCCCAAUAUAUGCGUCCUCAUCGAUGCAGGGACACGACCUGGACGAAGCAGUGUCUACGAUCUCUGGAAAGCUUUUGAUCGCGAGCCAAUGUGUGCUGGUGCAUGUGGUGAGAUUAAAGCCAUGCUGGAAAUGGGCAAGAACCUCAUCAAUCCUCUCGUCGCUGCGCAGAACUUUGAGUACAAAAUGAGCAAUAUCCUUGAUAAGCCGCUCGAGAGUGCUUUUGGAUUCAUCACUGUGCUUCCCGGUGCUUUCUCGGCAUACCGUUUCAUUGCUCUACAGAACGACAAGACUGGCAAUGGGCCUCUGGAGAAGUACUUUGCGGGCGAGAAGAUGCACGGGGCAAACGCGGGCAUCUUCACCGCCAACAUGUACCUCGCAGAAGACAGAAUUUUGUGUUGGGAGCUGGUCAGCAAGAACAACUGCUCCUGGAUUCUGCAAUAUGUCAAGUCGGCCACAGGCGAGACAGAUGUGCCUACGGAAAUGGCAGACUUCAUCCUGCAGAGACGAAGGUGGCUCAACGGGUCAUUCUUUGCUGCAGUCUAUGCUUUGUCGCACUUUUACCAAAUUUGGCGCAGCAAUCACUCAUUCAUGCGGAAGUUCUUUUUCAUCAUCGAGUUCAUAUACCAGGCGGUCAACAUGCUGUUCGCAUGGUUCGCCAUUGGCAACUUCUUUCUAGUUUUCCGCAUCUUGACUUCCUCGCUCUCUGAGAAAGAUCUUCUCGGCACCGCCGGUCUGGUGCUCUCUGUGGUAUUCGAGUGGAUGUAUCUCGCGGUGCUGGUCACCUGUUUCGUACUGGCCCUGGGAAAUCGACCCCAAGGAAACAACAGAUAUUACAUGGUACAAGUCUACUUCUGGGCAAUCAUCAUGGCUUAUCUGCUGUUCGCAUCGGUCUUCAUCACUGUCAAAUCGAUCCAGGCGCAAGUUGCAGAGAACGAUGGCUUCGACUUGGCUCUGCUCUUUACAAACAAGCUCUUCUUCACACUCAUCAUCUCCAUGGCGUCGACGUGGGUUCUCUAUCUGGUCGCGUCCAUACUGUUUUUGGAUCCCUGGCACAUGGCUACAUGCUUCAUUCAGUAUCUCUUGCUUACGCCGACCUAUCUUAACAUCCUCAACGUCUACGCUUUCUGCAAUACGCACGAUAUCACGUGGGGUACCAAAGGUGACGAUAAGCCCGAGAAGCUGCCCGCAGCGAAUUUGAAGCCGGGCGGCAAGGUCGAUGUCGCGAUACCUACAGAUGAUGCAGAUCUCAACACCCAAUACGAAGAGGAAUUGCGAACCUUCUCGACCAAAUACGAGAUACCGAAAAAGGUCGUCACGGCCGAGCAGAAGCAUGAAGACUACUACAAGGGGUUCAGAUCUGCUGUCGUAUUGGCAUGGAUGUUCUGCAACUUGGCUCUCGCAGCGGUGGUGCUCAACUCGGGAGGAAUGGACAAGAUCACCAUUGGUAAGAGCACGAACAACACAGACACGGAACAAAUCGAGGAUGAGAGGUCUACGAUCUAUAUGGCGGUUGUGCUAUAUUCUGUUGCUGCGCUGGCUGCUGUGCGCUUUAUUGGCGCGUGCUGGUUCUUGGUGGCGAGGAUCUUCCGUGGCGUGUAAGUGCGCGCUCUUUAUGAUGUGGAUGGUGGAGUGGCAUGGCGUUCUUUACAACGUGGUGAGAUUGUGAUACCCUCAUGGCAGAUAUGAGCGUACGUGUUUUUGGUCAAAACCAGACAGAUUCAUCCGGUGGACAGGCAGAUAGGAUAUUGGAUGUCAGAACAAUUCUUUGCAAACA